UAUAAAAAAUGAUAGAAUAAAGCAGCAUUUUCUUGUCUUUCUUUCUUUAAGAUUUCAUGAUCUUACGGGAAAUUAUUGGCAUCUUCGAGAAAGUUUUUCUAAAAUUCGAGGCCAUUAUAGUUACAUUUAUUCCAAUGAUCUCAAUUCUUCAGUAAGUGAAGAGUCGCUCUUUCUUUAUUCUUUGCUAGUGAAUCGUUUUCUUUUUUCCGCUGUGAAGAAUCACUUUGCACUGAACUUGUUUCACUGGCUGAAAUGGGAUUCUAAACUGCAAUUUGCUUCUUAUUUUUUAGUCAAGCUCGGAAGAACAACAAACCGGCUUAAAUCAGAUUAGUGGGAUACCUAAGUUCCAUUUAGCUGAACGAGCAUUUUUUAAUAGCCAAACAAAUGCAGUUGAACGAACAUAUACAUACCUUAACGAUGGUCCUGAUUGGCACAUUACAUUGCCAGAGGUUUCUCAAGAGGAUGGAAUUAUAUCAUCGUUAUUGGCAGUUCGCAAGUCCGUACUCCGUAUUGGUAUUUUAUACGAACAUAAAUCAACUACUCAAAUGUUGUUCGGUAGUGGAUGUCUGUUAACAGAUCGACUAAUUUUAACUUAUGCACAUAAUUUUGACGUGCUUCUAUGGGGUAUGGAGAGAGUUCCCUACAGUCGGAUUUAUGUUUGUUUCUGCGAUCCGGCGUGUGAAUCACUUUUUUCACUAUUAAAUCCCAGUCAUAUGUUAUCGGAAUCUAGUCUGCUUAGUCGGGGCUUGGUUCAUGAUAAUCUUUCGAAAUAUGAUGAAGUCAGCGGUCAAAUAACGGAUCUGGCCAUCCUACAGCUAAAUACGCCAGUUUCACAUGGACAACGAAACGAAUUUCUUCGACCUAAAAUGAAUUCAUUAUCAACGUUAAGUCGUAGUUCAAUUAAUUCUAAACUCUAUUUGGUUGGUUAUAAUGGCGAAUUAAUCGAACAGUCUGAGUUAGAUCCAUACAAACAUCUCAAAGGUUUUGGUACUAGUACCAUUGAUAAACUAAAUUUUAAUCAUAACGCUAACCACAAAUCGAUUUCGAUCGGACGUUUCAUACAAGAGUCGUCUUCAGACAGUCUAUACGCUACACACAACUGUAGUACGUUGUCUGGUUCAGGUGGCGCUUUAAUGCUUGAUUCAGAAGGAAAUUUCGCUGGGAUUCAUAUUGGUGUUUCAAAAUCACGUCUGAAUAAAAAAUGA